AUGAGUAAUAUAGCCGAUAGAACACGAUCAAAAGCAAACAAAUCACGAGAUCCAAAUAUUGAAGAGUCGUAUAAAAUAUUGUAUCCAACAACUCUAAAGUUAUUGAGUGAUCCACUGAUGAAUCCAGAUAAUACUCAACAUAGUAUUAAUGAUGAUGAACCAUUUCAGGAUGAUAAUCAAACGACUAAACAACAAACUACAUCAAGCACCCAACACCAACAGAAAUUCAAUGUUUUCAGUGGUAAUCAAUCAAAUUCCACAACCUCAUUAGUUGAUAAACAUAUGAAUGUCGCAACACAAUUACAUAUACAACAUCUAUUAGAUAGUAUUGUCGAUUUUCGUGGUACAAGAGAUGAAGAUAUUGUAACGUGGCUACAACGUAUUGAACUAGUAUCUGAGUUAGCUGAUUAUGUGAAAUUUAAAUGGAUCAAAUUAACCGCAUUACAUCUCAGAGAUCAAGCAUUGCAAUGGUACCAUAUACAUAAAGAUGAAUUUUCUGAUUGGUACAUAUUCAAACAAAUGUUAAUACAACAAUAUGAUACUCCUUUUAAAAAUUCAACAACAAAAGGUGUCGAUGACUUUAACUAUAGUGCUACGAACAAUCUAUUCAUGGCACCUACACCAUUCAAAUUGAAUGAAAUAACAAUUCCACAACAAAAAUCAUCAACAAAUCUUCAACCAUCCGUAGCGAAUAUUUUUGAUCAAGAAUUAUCAUCAAGAACAAUCUUAACUGAUCAACCAUUAUCAACAAAUUCUUUUAUUCAAAAGCCAUCAACAAACAGUUUUAUUACGUCAAUGGUAGAAUAUAAAAUAAAGCAACUACCUACAUUUAGCGGAAAAGAUAACGA